AUGGUGAAGCUGAGCAAAGAAGCCAAGCAGAGGCAGCAGCAGCUCUUCAAGGGUGGCCAGUUUGCCAUUCGCUGGGGCUUUAUCCCUUUCGUGAUUUACCUGAGUUUUAAGAGGGGUGCAGAUCCCGGAAUGCCUGAACCAACUGUUUUGAGCCUGCUCUGGGGGUAAAGGACUGUUUGGUCAUCUGGACUUGGAAACAGUCAUUGGACGAGGGCAGCGUGGAACACGCGU